UUUAAGUCAGCCCUUCUUCUUAUAAUAUCCCCAAAUCCUUUGCAAACAAUAUGGCUGCGUCGUGGUAGAAAACGUGAAUGCAUAUAUAAACAAACACGACAGCUGCACUAACCUUGGGGGGGAAAAUAUCUUAAUCUGAAGUAAAUGGCCGGAAGCCUUUGUAAACGCCCAAAUAACAGACUCGAAGAAUGGCUUUAACGCUGUGCAGCUCAGUGUUCUGUAGAUAUCUGCGUUACGCUGUGUCGCAGCGACUUGGCAAUGCUUCUGCAGUGUUCCAAUCGGGUACCGUUUCCAGUCAGCUUAACAGGAAUGCACAGCGUGUCAGGCAUUUGCCAGCCUGUUUUAUCGCAAGUGACUCAAUGCUGGGUCAAGUAGUCGGUGGCAACAGAAAAGAAAAGGAAGACAGCUUUGGCCAGCACCCACCUGCAGUCUCCACAAGUAAAGCUGAGCAGACCUUCUUGUUGAUAAACCGUCCCGAUCAGCCAGAGAACGCCAAGGUGUUGAAAGUAGCCAUCAUUGGAACACCAAAUGCUGGGAAAUCAACUUUAUCUAAUCAGCUCCUGGGAAGAAAGGUGUUUCCAGUCUCUAAGAAGGUCCACACAACUCGGUCGCGGGCUCGGGGGAUCAUCACUGAACAAGACACACAGCUGAUUUUGUUGGACACCCCUGGACUCACUAACCCUCUUAAAGGAAAAAGGCAUCAGCUGGAGAAAUCCCUGCUCUUGGACCCAUGGAGCUCGGUCCAGGAAGCUAAUUUAGUGCUGGUUCUAGUGGACGUCUCGGACCAGUGGACCCGCAACAAACUGGGUUUGGAGGUGUUGCAGUGCCUUUCCAGAGCUCCAGAUAUCCCUGCUGUUCUUGUGCUGAAUAAGGUGGAUUUGUUAAAAAACAAAACCCUGCUUCUGGAUAUUACAGCAGAACUCACAGAAGGGACAGUAGGUGGAAAGAAACUCAAAAUCAAGACGCCUUAUAAAUCUGGGAAAAGGGACUCUACCAAGAGAGCAGACUGCAAAGAACCUGAGCUGGGACCAAAACAGCCUGUUCAAUGGGACAGCAUGGAGGGCACUGCCAUGGAUUCAGAGGGGCAGCUCAGCGACCAGGCAGGGAACCGAGAGACAGCAAAGAGCAGACAGGAAACGCAGGACCAGCUGAACAAAGAAACGCUGAAGGAACUGAAGGCCAGGAUUGGGUGGCCACACUUCCGUGAGGUCUUUAUGCUGUCUGCAGUGAAUGGGGAAGAAGUAGAAACACUCAAGCGUUACCUGGUCACUAUGGCUCAGCCAGGCUGCUGGGAGUUCCACAGUGGAGUGCUGACAGACCAGGACCCCCAGGAGAUCUGCAACAACAUCAUCCGGGAGAAACUGCUGGAGUCCCUGCCACAGGAGGUGCCUUACAACGUGAUCCAGAGCAUUGAGAUGUGGGAGGAGGGAGAGAACGGAGAGCUCAUAAUUCUUCAGAAACUGUACAUGAAAAAAGAAAGCCACGCGAAAAUGCUGAUUGGACAAGGAGGUCAGCUGAUCGGCAGGAUAGCCCGGGAAGCUGGAGAAGACCUGAUGAAUGUGUUCCUGUGUGACGUCAAGUUAAAACUCUCAGUCAAAGUGAAGAAACAGUAAACGCUUUCCGUGACAAGGUUUUUUUUUGUAUCUUAAAAGGGGGCUAAUAAUGGCUGUAAAAUAACACUGGAAAACCAAGCUUUUCUGAAAAUGCUUGUGUGCUAAUGAGGCAGACAUGUUCGUAAAGGUUAUUACCCCCUGAAAGAGCACCCUCUGCUGGUCAAAUGGGGAAGCUAAAUACAGAACCGCCCUGACACACACUUGCUCAACAGCGCAUUAUUACAGUUUGCAAUUUUGUGUUGCAGCAUUUUUUUUUUUAAUAUCAUAAUAUAUUGUUACUGCGGUAAAUGGCCGUCAAUGCUGUUGUAUUCAAUUGAUUUACGCAGUGACUGAUCUAAAUACUCACUUAUCACUAAAUAGGACCUUGCCCUCUGGCAUUUUACACAUUUCUACAGAUAGAAAUUCACAAAAGAAACACACAUGCACUGUUAGAUGUUUGAUUUUCAUAACCUUGGUACAAAUUUGCUCAGUAGCAGCAUUUCAAUCUGCUGUUGUGUGGAUCUAGACCCCAGUAUCUUUUUAAUGGAGUACAAUCCAGUCCGAUUCUGUAUCGUACUGUUUCUGAAUACAAAAUAAGGCACUUACAGCCGCCAGAUGAGGAAAGAAGGUUUAAUAGAGAGCUGGUUAUAACAGAGGCAAUCUUUGAUCUCCAGUUUGCAAAGAACUGACCUAGAGUGUGACCUUUUUUUUAUCAAGCUUGGAGUUUAAUCUGAAUUCAGUUGGUUACUGUACUCCAUUGAGGUUGUCAGCAGCUAGUCAUUUAAGACCCUGUUUAAUCGGUUUCUAUUUAAAAUGCUGCCUUUAGUGCUUGUAAGGCAUUCGGCGCCCAGAGGGAUAAGGGCAGUGGAGGCUGGGAGAUAAUUCUGUAAGGUGAUUUUGUUUUAUCUGUCAUGUAGCAGACCUGGGGUUGAUCCUGGCAGUAAUAGCAUCCAAGGGGCUUGGAUGCCUGUAGAUAAACCCGGGAAUGACGUGGGGACUGGACUCCACCUAUGUGGCCCCUCCUUGUUUUCAAAGCUUGCACGAGCUGAUAACCAGCCAGGGGCGGAAAACUUGAAUUCCUUUUCCAGCACGGCAGGGCUCUCUCUGAAACUAGGUCAGGUGGUUUUUGUACUGGGCUUUUGUCUCGAUUGCCAUUGAGAUUGCAGCAUCCCUCCCUCCCCACAUGCUAGCAAGGUCAUCCUGGUAGCACAGCAGCUUAAUAGUCUGCUACAGCAAAACCGUGUGUACAUUGUGCUGGCUGAGGGACUUAGUAAUACCAAACAUUGGUUCUUCUCCAUCUUAUUAAACACUUGCAUCAAAAAAUUAAAGAAAAGUUUGGUGAAUCGUUUAGUGUGUAGUCGCUUACACCAUAUAAUGUUUCAGGGCAAAACAGGACAUGGGGGUGGAAUUAGAAAAAGAAAGGUUUAUGUUUUUAAAAAUAACUCCCAUUGUCUUUGCCAGUUUUACCGCAGCAUAGAGAACUAGCAAGGAACUGUAGGUGUAUGAUGUAGGACCAUCUGAUUUGAGUCAUUUUUUUCAAAGUUUAUAACCUGUUUUCUAACAUUUUGAACUGGGCAUCCAGGCAAAUGCUUUGGGAAUCUUGCCAGUUGUAUCUCAGGAGCUGGUCAUACAAAACAUUUUGUUGUGUGUCUUUAACACAGUUUAUGAUGAUUAACUCCAGCAAGACAAAAACCUGACGGUCGUAAGUUUUGCCUCAAUGUCGGUUUCUGCUGAUGAAAUAACCUUUAAUACAGAGCAAAUGCUUCAUCAUAUCCUGCUUGCCUCAUUUUAUUAAUUAGGGCAGAGCAGGGUUUAUCUUGUUUACAUAUACAGCAGCUUAACCAGAAGAUGACACCCAGGGCUGGAGGGAGGAAUAAACCUGAAUAGUCAAGGGGUAACACAGCACCACAGUGUAGCCUAUGCAGCGACACAGUAUCAUAACAUCACCAUAGUACUUUUGAUUAUAUUGGUUACUUUUAAGGUAACAGAUUCUGUAAGUCUACCAAACAAAACACAUUUCAUUAAGGUGAUUGCAAUUUGAAGCAACAAUCUUUGAGAAUCUCAUACUAUAAUAAUGUAUAUCUGGGAAAAAAAAAAAAACAUGCAGACGAAUUAUUGAAAUAUUAAACUUUAAUAUUUUGUUGUCCGAGUUCAAUAAUUUUUUUUUUAACAGACAUCAAUUAAAUACCUUGAGGUGUUUCAAUGCUACUGUUAUUUAUGCUUGGUUAUAUGUAUUUUUUAUAACAUAGCUUUUUCAAAUGUAUAAAGAGUUCCGUCUGUAUGUUACCUGUAAAUAAACAGAAUGACAACAAAUAAUGUUUGAAAAGUUUUUAUUCCGUACAGAGUAAGUUUCUUGCAUCGUAAGUCGUAGCCAACUCCUAUUUGAAAAACAUGCCUAAAGCUUUUCUACCCCCGUUAUUAAUGACCAAAAUAGACUGAAAACUGGAUUGUAAAAUAAACUACAGCUAAUGAAUCAACGUUAGCCAUGUCCACCGAAGUUUAAUACAUUCAUAAAAAAUAAAAAAAAAACACAA